AGCUUUAUAGGAAAAUAAACUUUGGCGGAGGAAUUUCACAGCCUCUGACUUCGCCAGGAUGCACCAGGCCUACAGCGUUCACUCCAUCCUGAAGCAGGGCGUGCAGAUCGAGUCCAUAGCGGCGUAUGGCAACCAUGUCAUCUUGGGCACCCGUAGCGGGCAGCUCAUCAUGUACUCCGUGGACGAGGAGACCGGCGUGGACAUGCGGAUGUUCAACAAGAACUUUAGCCGCAAACCCAUCACCCAAAUGGAGGUGAUUGCGUCGGAGAACCUGCUCUUUGUGCUCACCGACAACCAGGUGCAGGUGUGCGACAUCCGGCGGAUCGAGAGCAACUUCGCCUUCAUGCACAGCGCUCCGGACACCAAGGGCUGCACCCUGUUCGCCAUGGACGUGGACACGCCAAAGUCCACGACCGGAAGUGUGGGCACCGUCAUUCGCCUGUGCUGCGCCAUCCGGCGGCGCCUGGUGUUCUUCUUCUGGAAAAAGGACAAGCUGGACUCGCUGUUGCUCAACAUCGAGCUGAGCGACGUGCCCAGGACCCUUUGCUGGGUGGGUCAUGCCGUCUGCGUGGGCUACAAGGACGAGUAUGUGGUCUACGAUAUAUCUGGCAAAGCACCAAAGAAGCACGAUCUGUUCUUAACCUCCUCCAGUGUCAGCAGAGAUCCCUGCAUCUGCCUCAUCCGCAACAGCCUGCUGGGCAUAUCCAAGGACAGCUACCUGGUUGUAGUGGAUCCCAGUCAGUACAAGGAGUCCGAUGGCUCCACCGAUGUGCGACCAGGUGGCAUGGAGAGCAACAGUUCCCUCACUCCGCUGCUCUGGUCAAGUCCCCUGCUGGAUUUGGUUUGGGAUGAGCCUUACGCAGUGGGUCGCGUUAACAAUGCCAUCGAGGUGCGCAGCCUGGUGGGCAAGGACACCCUCGUCCAGAGCAUUCCCGAGCUGCAAAAGACCAAGUUCCUGGUCCACGCCGACAAGGGAACCAUCUUUGCUGCCGCGACCUCAGAGCUCUGGUGCAUCCGAAUGGUGGACAUUCCCACGCAGCGGCAGCAGCUAGUGCAGCAAAAGAAAUUCCAACUGGCCAUUGAACUGACGCAAAUAUCCGAUGAACCCGCCGUGGAGCGAGACCAAACCAUUCGCCAGAUACACAUGCUCUACGCCAAGGAGCUCUUCACCAGCAAGGAGUUCUCGGCGGCCAUGAAGGAGUUCGAAAGGGCGGCCAUCGAUCCCUACGAUGUGAUAAGACUGUUUCCCAAUUUGGUGCCUGAGCAGAAGCCAGGCUCGGAGGACGCCGCCGUGCCUGCGUCCAGUGCUCCUGCGCUGGAGGAUGACGACCUGGAGAACGCCUACCUGGCGCUGAUCGAGUACCUUGCCUUGGCUCGCCAGCGGGAGGUGGUCAAGCUGCGCGACACGAAAAGUAGUUCGAAAUCGUUGCUAGAGAUUAUCGACACCACGUUGCUAAAAUGCUACCUGCAGACGAACGACUCGCUGGUGGCCCCGCUUCUCCGGCUCAACCAAUGUCAUUUAGAGGAGUCGGAGAAGACGCUGAAGAAGCACAACAAGAUAUCGGAGCUGAUCAUCCUCUAUCAGAUGAAGGGCAAGCACAAGGAGGCCCUCAAACUUCUGCGAGAUCAGGCGAGCAUCGAGGGAUCGGUGCUGCAGGGUCGCAAGCGUACAAUACGCUACCUUCAGGAGCUGGGCGGCGAUCAUCUGCCGCUGAUAUUUGAGUUCGCCGACUGGGUGUUAAAUGAAAGCCCCGAAGAGGGCCUCUCAAUUUUCACCGACGAACUCAUCGAGGUGGAGUCCCUGCCGCGCGCCAAAGUUCUGGACUUUCUUAUCAGCAAGCACAAGGCACUGGUUGUUCCUUACUUGGAGCAUCUGAUUACCGAGUGGAAGGAUAGCAAUACCCUGCUGCACAAUGUGCUACUCAAGCAGUAUCGCGAGCAGGUUCAACGUCUCAUUAGCCAGCAGGAAAAGGGAGAGGAAGUUCCCGAACUGAUUCCCAUGCGAGCCAAGCUUUACAAGAUGCUGGAGGAGUCCAAUGACUACUCCCCAGAUCGCGUUCUAGAGGAGUUCCCCACCAACAUGCUGCUGGAGGAGCGAGCUCUCAUUCUGGGUCGUCUAAAAAAACACGAUAAGGUGCUGUCCAUCUACAUACAUGUUCUGGGCGAUGUGGCCAAGGCAAAGUCCUAUGCGGAAGCCAACUUUAAGGAGGAUGAGAACAUAUUCCACACGCUCAUCAAGUGCAUACUGAUCCCACCCACUGAGCCGCCCUACGAGGGCGUCCCCCUGCAUCCGGAUUUCGUUGAAGUGAAUCGAGAGGUGGCUCUGGAACUGCUCAAUACCCAUGCCACUAAAAUCGAUCCUUUUGAGAUCUUUGAGCACCUUCCAGAUGACUUGCCUAUGCAGCAGUUGGAGAAAUACCUGGAGAAGUCGAUACGUAAGAAAAUGGCCGACAAGCAUCAGAUGCAGAUGAUGUGCGGCCUCCUGGAGGCGGAGAGCAAUCGUCUGGAGGCUGCGGUGGAGGAGCAGCGAAACAUCAGCUUCGAACUGAACGAGUUCAGCGUGUGUCCCGAGUGCAAGAAGCGCUUUCCCAGCCAGUCUGCCUUUGUGCGCUACCCGAACGGGCAGAUCGUGCACCUAUCCUGUCACGCACGCAUCGCCAGGGCGGCUGCUCAGCAAUAAAUGAAAUACUCUAAUGUGAUAACCUAUCAAAGUGUUAGGAUCGAAUUAAAUGUAACUGUCUUUAUCAUCCAUUUAACUUGAUUAAUUUAGCUU